AUGGUGUGCCAGAACCGGAUAUACUUGAUUAAACAGAUUACCGCAACAUCAGUAUCCGGUUUCUUGUCAUUAUGUGCAGGCCUAGCAUUUGGGUUCAGCGCAGUUUUAUUACCCCAACUUAAAAAGGACGAAAAUUUUCCAUAUGAUGAAAGUUACAGCUCUUGGAUCGCUUCCGUUACUCCGUUGUCAAUGGUUCUUGGCUGCCUUUCCGCCGGCUCUAUUAUCGAUGGACUUGGAAGAAAACCGGGCCAUAUUAUCUUGGCCUUUUCUUUCACCGUCAGUUGGCUCAUCCAAGCUUUCGCCAAAAACAAUCAAGUUAUGCUAUUGGGAAGAUUUUUUACUGGGAUAUGUACUGGUGCAAUAAGACCGAUUACUUUAGUAUAUCUAGGAGAAAUCGCAGAUCCAAAAUACAGGGGACUUAUGCUUUUUACUCCACCAUUAACACUAAAUGCUGGUAUAAUUUUAAACCAUGCAUUAGGCGGUUUUGUUUUUUGGAGAACAAAUUCGUUAGUUUGUGGUGCUCCGAGCAUGAUAUCGAUAGUUCUACUCUUAAUUUUAAAAGAAAGCCCUUUGUGGUUAAUUUCAAAGGGGAAGAUCGAGGAAGGAGUAGAAAUUUUUAAGUGGUUUAGAGGAGAGACAGACGCAGCAGAAAAAGAGCUGAAAUCGAUAUUAGAAAAGCAAAAAACUAAAACUUCAAAUGUAUCUAUGAAGGAUUACUUGAAAAAGGAUUUUCUAAAACCUCUCCUGAUUUCCUUCUUCCUCGCAAUAGCUUCGCAAUGUAAUGGAGCUAAUGUUAUAACGUUUUAUGCGCAAGAUAUUCUAGAAAAACUUAUUCCACACGACUACGAUCCUUUCACGCUUAUGAUUACAACGGAUUGCGUGAGAUUAUUUGCAGCUCUUGUAAUAUUUUUUUUCGGAAACCGCUUUCCAAGGAAAAUAUCGUUCCUCGUAUGUAUCUUUGGAGCUUCCCUCUUACUUUGUGGUUUAUUAGGUUUAUUAUAUUCAAAUUUUACUAAAUUAAAAUGGCUGUCGGUAGUAUUGUUAAUAGCCUAUGUAGCACUAGCUAGUGCUACAGUAACAUUUGCCUGGUCGUUUGUAACCGAGCUGUAUCCUUCUAAAUUAAGAGGGACAGGAUCAGGUGUGAGCGCUGGAAUCGCAUAUUUAUUGUUAUCUCUUAUGGUUAAAGUAACACCAGGAAUAAUAUCAGCAUUUGGAGUAAAAAUUUUGUUUUUCUGUUUUGCAGCGAUAGCGACUUUAAAUGCAAUCGCUUUGUUUUUCUUAUUGCCUGAAACUAGUGGAAGAAGUCUACAAGAAAUAGAAGAUGGAUAUGACAAGAAAAAUAUUAUUAUAUCUAAGUUAUGA